GCGCUUCCGCGCGCCAUCGCUUACGGCAUAUUGACGAACACUAAAUACGGAAGGCAACAUGUCCACCGCUCCUCAGCAAAACAAUAACGAGGAGCCUGGCCUCAACGGGUCAUGGGUAGAGCUGGAGAUGAAUGGAAACAACAGGAACCAGGCUCUGCUGCCAAACCCCAACACGGGGAAUGGGAAUGAGGGGGAGAGUCAGGCCCCUCAGGCCCUGGAGGUGGUGCCAGAGGAGGUGGAGGAGAGUCUGACAGGGGGGUUGGGGCACGUGCCCUCAUCCUCCUCUAUCCACAAUGCAGACAUGAAGAAGAUCCUGCUGGAUGCCCAGCAUGAGUCCAGCCAGAGCAGCUCCUCCUGUGACAGUCCUCACAGACCUUCCAGUCCAGAUCAGGAUCAGGAUGACAGGCAGGUCACCUUUGACGUGGAGAUGUCCAGUAGGAGAGGGAGCCAGUCAGAGGAGGAAGGCCCAGAGAAAGACAGAGAAGAUGAUAUCCUGAUGAACAAAGGUGCAGACUGGGUUGCAGAUUGGUCCAGUCGUCCCGAAAACAUUCCCCCCAAGGAGUUCCACUUCCAGCACCCCAGACACUCAGUAUCCCUCAGCAUGAGAAAGAGUGGAGCCAUGAAGAAAGGGGGUGUCUUCUCUGCUGACUUCCUCAAAGUCUUCAUCCCCUCCUUACUCCUAUCUCACAUCCUUGCCCUUGGUAUCGGGGUCUACAUUGGAAAGAGACUCACCACGCCUUCCACCAGCUCUUUCUAAAACCAAACUAAAGCAGUGCCUGGAAGUCGCAUCAAAAUUGUCUUGUCGAAAAAAUAGUUGUGCUAUAAGGUCCUCUUUUCCUCUGCAUCCAUUGUACACCUAGCUAGCUUCCACCUCCCUUUUCCGUUCUAUUCAUCCAUUCUAUAUUCUGUUUUCAACUCAGAUUUUUUUCAUACGUUUUUACCACUUUAUUUAACACUGACUCACCCCAGUCUUUUUAUGUUGGGUGCUUUUGGAAGGUUCACGAUUCGUGAAUGUUUGGGAACCUUUACCUUUUGAUACAGAUUGGGCACAGUGCGAACUGUACCAUCGGACAGUAAUGACCACUAGCAACCCAUAAUAGUUCACAGCCCCUGCCUGAACCUGAGUGUGGUACUUUUGUAACAAAUUAUUCUCAAUUCAGCUAUUGAAAUCCUGUACUGCACAAACACUGAGGUGGCUGGUAUUGGAUGGCAGGGGGCCUGAAUGUUUGGGAAUCUCUGAGAUUUCCAUAUAGAUGCCUUAGCUUAGACAGAGAUUGUGCUGUGAGAAGUCUAGGAGUGUUUAUCUUCCUGCUCCUUACUCCAAAUCAGUUAAUUGCAUAGUGACUUGCACCUGAACCAAAAAUAAGCUCCAUAUCUGAAGUACACCUUUCAAGAGUUGCAGUGACUGAAUCAAGUGGUAUUGUUGUUCAGUUUUUUUUAUUGCAAUGAGUUUGGAAUACUUUUUAGCCCAGACUUUAAUUCAGGAGAAGUUUUGUUGUAUUCCACCCUAUUCUAGUUAUACCUAAUUGUUGUCAUAUUUUAGUAGCCCCAAACAAUAUUCUCUAAAGGGGGUGGUCUCUUGGUGAAAGGGUGUGAAUAUUAAUACUAGUGGCUACUGCAGGUUUCCAUUGAUUAUCAGGAAAACAUCCUAGCAAAUAGUUAUACAGAUGGGGGUGUUGAUGCAGAAAGAGUAGCACAUCUAAAUGCUCUACAGUACAUGGUGGAGUACUGUAGUAGUAAGGAGAAGGGGAAAGUUUGAAUGAAGAUGUCAUUUUUAUGUACAGUAGAUAUAGUAUAGUAGAUACAAAUAUACACAACCUGCCUGCUGUUCAGCAACUCAAAUGUGUCAAUGCUACACAUUCUUCCUUUCUUUUGUCAUAUCUUAUUUAUUUUUUCAAGCUGAUUCUAGAAACCUUUGAAUCAAAGUUUUCCUGUGUGGUUACACACCCUCAGAGUGAGAUCCAGUGUAUAGGUCCAGGCACCAUACUGAGUUGGAUGUAUUAGCAGACUUAUGAUAUAACUGGCCACAAAUGACUACUGCAUAGUGCCAAAUAUAGAUAUCUUUUCAUCUCAGCGCUUUCAUUGCAUUGGAAAGUUACCACUGACACUGAUCUCUCAAUUAUUGGACAAGUUGAACUAUAGGGUUAGACUAACUCAAACAGUGACAUGCCCUCCUAUCUCCAGCUCUGAUAAGUCAUCUACCUUGUUUUGACAUGUCCUUUGGUGAUCUAUUUUGAGAUUUUCAUGAUUCUUAUGGGGAACAUUUUGUGUAAGCAUGGGAUCUAUUCAGCCAGUCCCCAUAGGUAGACAUUAUCUACCUUAUUAUGGCAAUGUAAGCAAUGCUUUUUGUAUAUAUGUUUAACACUGACCUAUUUUAAGAAUUAUGAAAUCUGAUAAAGGACUGUUUUUUGGCAUGUUUUAUUUUCAUCACACUAGGUAAUCACGCUAGGUAAUUAUCCCAGGAACUCCUGGGAAAGUGACUAUAUAGAACCAGCACUUCACCACUGUAUUGAGUUGCUUGGUGAUUUUGGGUUUUGUAUUGUAUUAGGGGGAAGGUUGGUGGGCAAUGGGGAUAGGUGUGAUGACAUGAGUGUUUUAUUUUUUCUGAGUUGGAUUGUUUUUUUGUGCCUCUUCUUGGUUUGUACCAACUCAAAGUAACUCCCAUUGCAUGCAUGCCUUUAGUUUGUAAUUGGCAUUUACGUAGUAUAAUUCACGAGAUGCCAAAGGUUGUCAUAGCUUUCAUUAAAAUUGUGAAGUCCAUCCUUGUUUGUAAGGCAGAAUAAGUAUGCACAUUAUCAUUGUUAUGUUAUUAUUUUCUGAUAAUCCAAAAUACAAACUGAAAGAUGCUUUUCUUGUUUGUAUGGAGGGCAGGGCCCUCAGGAAUUCAUUGAACAUGCUUGUAAAAAAAAUAUUCUAGAAGCAAGAAGUUUCAGCCAUGUAGUUUGAUUAAUUGUAAUAAUAUUGGAAAAACUGACAUUAAAAUGAGAAAUGAACCACA